AUGUCGAAGCCAGAUGCACUUCAACAUAACCUACAACUAAUCCUUAAGGAUCGGCAAAGGAAAGGCUGGCAGCUUGAGCCACCAGCCCCAGGCAGUUUAACUGACAUGGUUGAUUUUGGCUCAAAUGACACCUUGUCCUUGUCCUCUUCUGGACUCUUGGGAAAGGAAUUUCUCAAUGAACUUGGAAAGCACCCUAAUUUUAUCCUCGGUGGAAGGGCGUCCCGUUGGGGUGAAGGCUCAACUGAUUACCUUUUCCAACUAGAACAGCACAUUGCUCAAUUCCAUAAAGCGGACAGUGCUUUAUUCUUCAACACUGGCUAUGAAGCAAAUGUUGCUAUCUUUUCAACACUCCCCCAGCCGCAUGAUGUUGUGCUGUAUGACAGUCUCGUCCAUGCAAGUAUCCGAGAAGGAAUGUACAGGGGCCGUGCAACUGCUCUUCCUUUUGCCCACAACGAUCUGUCAAACCUGCGGCAACGUUUGCAGGCCAUCAAGCAUCAGUAUGAGAGGGUUAGAACGGGUCUCGCUCUUGUAUUUGUUGCACUGGAGUCUUUCUAUAGUAUGGACGGCGAUGUAGCGCCUCUUGAGGCAAUUGUCAGUGAGGUGAAAGAGCAGCUUCCUAUUGGAAAUGUCGUCCUUGUGAUUGAUGAGGCACAUUCGACAGGAUUAGUGGGCCCUCAGGGGUCAGGCCUUGUCUCUUACUUAGGUCUGGAGAAAGACUUCUCUAUUCGAGUUCAUACCUUUGGUAAAGCACAUGGGGCCUCUGGUGCUGUUGUUUUAUCAAGCCGAGAAUGCAAGCAAGUCCUGCUCAGUUGCGUCCGUGGACUCAUUUUCUCCACGGCACCAACCUUCACCACGCUGGCAGCAGUCAAGGCUGGGUAUAGCAUUCUGGCAAGUAUCGAAGGCGAAAGAAGACGAGAUCUCGUGCACUCCAACAUCACUUUAUUCUACAAUGCCGUGAGCAAGCAUGCAGCAUGGCCAAGCUGCCAGCACCUCGGUAUCAUUACUAUUCCAAUGAAGCCUGCAUCCGAUACUCUCAAGUCACCCAUCAUCCCCAUCAUCGCUCCUCACGGCGGAGCAGCAGCUCUGGGGCAGUUUUUAAACAACGAAAAGUUUCGCGUUCUCGCUGUUCAUUUUCCCGUUGUGCCCAAGGACAAGGAGCGGGUGAGGAUCAAUUUGCACGCAGAUCAUACAUCUGACCAGAUUCUUUCACUAGUCGACCUGCUCCUCAAAUGGACUCAAUCACGCCGAAAGGAUGGCAUUUCCAUGUCUCAUCUUUAA